CAUACUUUUCAAAAUUCUUUCUUGUUUUGACUUGUGUCCAACAUGGCUCGUGGACCGAAGAAGCAUUUGAAGCGUUUAAACGCGCCCAAAGCAUGGAUGUUGGACAAAUUGGGGGGUGUGUACGCACCUCGUCCAUCCACCGGCCCACACAAACUCCGGGAGUGCUUGCCUCUCGUCAUCUUCUUGAGAAACAGGCUGAAGUAUGCCCUUACUGGAAAUGAAGUAUUAAAGAUCGUGAAGCAGAGACUGAUCAAAGUUGACGGAAAGGUCCGAACAGACCCUACCUACCCUGCUGGAUUCAUGGAUGUGGUUUCGAUUGAGAAGACCAAUGAGUUGUUCCGUCUUAUCUACGACGUUAAGGGACGUUUCACAAUCCACAGGAUUACCCCAGAGGAGGCUAAGUACAAGCUGUGCAAGGUCCGUCAAGUCGGCACCGGGCCCAAGAACGUGCCUUACCUGGUGACGCACGACGGACGCACCAUCCGCUACCCCGACCCCCUCAUCAAGGUGAACGACUCCAUCCAGCUGGAUAUUGCCACAUCCAAGAUCAUGGACUUCAUCAAGUUUGAGUCUGGCAACCUGUGCAUGAUCACGGGAGGUCGUAACUUGGGGCGAGUGGGCACGAUCGUGUCCCGCGAACGCCACCCGGGAUCCUUCGACAUUGUACACAUCAAGGACUCCACGGGACACACCUUCGCCACUAGGUUGAACAACGUAUUCAUCAUCGGCAAGGGCACAAAGGCGUACAUCUCGCUGCCCCGCGGCAAGGGUAUCCGUCUCACCAUCGCCGAGGAGAGAGACAAGCGCAUCGCUGCCAAGGUCGCCUCGCAGUGAAUAUAGUGUAAACACA